AUGAGUCAACAAGAAGAACAGAAUCAGCAACAGCCGCAGCAGCAGCAGCCGCAAACGAAGAAAAAACUGAAAUCCUUUGGAAAAACUCGUCGUGAGUUGAAGGUGAAGACAGUGUAUGAUGAAUCCGGUAAUUGGGGGGCUACCAAUCAUCAGGAUAUGCUACGUCAACUUGAGUGCCCUGCACUGCAGAAAUAUUACUGUGAUCUUCAGAAGGUCUGCCUACCAGAAGAGUGGGAGGUUGAAAUGAAACUAUUUCGAGAACCACUUCCAACUACUAUAUGGAUUAACGAUACUGAUCCCCUUGCGAAGAGUGUAUCGAGUUAUUUUGAAUCUCUUGAUCGAUCUCUUGUUGAACCUAUUCCGUGGUAUCCUAUCCCUGGAAUGGCGUGGAGAAUUCUUGCAGGGAAAACGGAAUUUCGUAAACGUCCAGAUAUGCAAACACUGCGACAGUUUCUGAUUCAACAAACAGCACUUGGAACUAUUUCUCGUCAGGAGGAAGUUUCUAUGCUACCACCGUUCCUGUUGGAUAUUCAACCAAAUGACAGAUGUCUCGAUAUGUGUGCUUCGCCGGGUUCAAAGACAGCACAGAUGCUUGUUGCUCUUGGUCGACACAAACUGGUUCCAGCAAACUCAGAUGUCUCACCAUUUCCCUUUGAUUACGAAAGUGAGGGACUUGUUAUUGCUAAUGAUAUUGAUACAAAACGGGCGAAUAUGCUUGUGCACCAGGUAAAGCGACUUCGACUUCUCUUCCCUUUUGCACUAUUCACAAAUCACGAUGCACGUUAUUUUCCUAAUGUGAAUUUAAAAUCAUCCUCACCGUCAUCACCAACUGGUUCAACAUCCUUAUCAUCUGUUGAUGUUGAUGGAGAACUUCGAUUUGAUAAGAUUCUUUGUGAUGUUGUCUGCUCAGGUGAUGGUACAUUACGUAAGGCACCACAUGUGUUUAAAAUUUGGUCACCUAGAGAAGCUAUUACUCUACAAAAGACACAAAUUCAGAUUGCAUUACGUGCUUGUCAUUUACUUCGAGUGGGAGGUCGUCUUGUGUACAGUACAUGCUCUAUGAACCCUAUUGAAAAUGAAGCUGUAGUGGCUCAGAUUGUACACCGUACCGGUGGUGCGAUGAAACUUGUGGAUGCACGUUCAUUACUUCCAGGAUUAAACUCUGCACCGGGACUGCAGCGAUGGGUGGUAACAAACACUAAAGGUGUUGUGAUGGAGGCACCAUGUGAUGAGGCUCACGAAGCACUAUUUCCACCAAAUACACCAGGAGCAUAUACAUCAGAUGCUGUAAAUGAGCUUGAUCUUCGUCUUUGUAUGCGUUUAUUCCCUACUCAUUGCAAAGGUGGAGCCUUCUUUAUCGCUGUUUUUGACAAAAUCAGUGAAUUUCGACUUCAGAAGCGUGAUGACUGUGGAGUAGAGCAAACCGAUUCCAGUGGUAUCAGUGUCAAUGGUGAUACUAAUAAUAAUAAUAAUAAUAAUAAUAAUAAUAAUAAUAAUAAUAAUAAUAAUAAUAACAAUGUCAGUGAAUCUUUCAAAGAGAAGAAAAUGCGAGUAGAGAAAUCAGACGAAAAUCUUUUGGACGUUACUACUACUACUACUACUACUACUACUACUACUACUACUACUACUACUACUAAUAUCAUAAAGAGGGUACCACCACAAUACAUAGUAGCACCAACGUCUAUUACAAAUGCCAUCGAGAGUUUUUAUAAGGUAAAGAAUUUCCCAACGCAGCAACUCGUUGUACGAGCAGCAACAGGGGAACGUGAGUUGAGUCUUACGUUAAAAACCAACUGUUCAAUCGUUUCCCGCUCUGCACAGGAAGUUCUACAGGCAAAGACGGAUUCUCUUAUAGUAGUUUCCGCUGGUCUACGCGUAUUUGCUUACGAAACCCUUAACGGUGGUUGGCGCAUAGCAAGUGAGUCUGCUGUACUUUUCGCAAAACUAAUGCAAAACUCUCCACGUUUACUGCGCGUACAUGUGAGUUUGAUCGAACGUCUCCUCAAAGGUGGUAAAUUGAAGGAUGUUCUCUUCACUGAUAUUGAAGACGAAUCCCUGCGGACGCGACUGGAGUCCAUGGAUAUUGGUACAGUAUUGCUAGAAGUGGAAGCUCCCAAUGCCGUCGGUGGUAUAUUUUACUCCGUUGCAUUGAGGGCGCGUACCCGACUGCAGCUCUUAGUGGACCAUGAAGACGUUGAUGGACUGAAACUUCGCUUGGGCAUUGCACUUAAUUCAGAGAAAGAAGAUUCUAUCUCUGCGGUGUAA